UCUCGGGGAGCGCGAGAGAGGACUGCUGUGCUCUCGCGAGAGCGCGAUUACCGUUUGUAUUGCCAUAUUUUUCCAUUUCCCAUAUAAAAGCACCGCUGCUUCGUGUUUUCGUUGCGUUUUAAAAAAAAUCUCGCACAAAAUAUGACAAGAAAACAUCGGAUAAAUCGCCGGGCAGAAAAAUCACGGUUUCCAGUGAAAAACUACUGAUAUUAAUCAGAAUUUCGAAUAUAUAUAUGUAUUUUGGUCUAAAGAAAAAGAGCUGUCCCCCGAAAAAUCGCAAAGCGGAGUGAAUACAAGUUGACUUCUGCUGCAGCUGCCUAAACGAUGCAACAAUGUGACAGGCGGCAGCAGCAGCAGCAGCAGCAACAGUGCCAGGAGCAACAUCAGCGAGAAAUCCAGCGGCAGCCACAUAAAUUACAGAAGUAAUAGCAAUAGUCCAAGCAUUGUUUUUUUAACAAUUUUUAGGAAAAGAACAAAUGUAUCAACGACAGGAACAACGGCAGAUUAACUAGCAGCUAAAGUCACAAUCUAAACAGUUUAAACUAUAAUAAUUGAUUUAAAUUUAAUAUUGUAUUAACGAGGACAUCAACCGUUGGCAACUCUCUAGCCGAGACACUAACCGCUCAGCACAAAAAUUUCGAAUAGGGCAGCAGCAAUAACGAAACCACCAGAAAAAAAGAUGGCAAACAUCGAGUAAACCAUAAUAGUAGUAGUUAUUAGUAAAAGAUAGAAAUCCGAAAAUAUUUUAAGUGCAAAUAACGAGAAACAAGUGUUUUUCGACUGAGAGGAGACAACAACCAAGCGGCUAAGCCAGCGGAUACACCAACCCUUUGGAGAAGCUUGUGAUUGUAAAGAAGUGUCUCCAAAAACAAGCUUACAGAUCAGGCUGAGGAGAGCGACAGACUGAUACGAAGGUAGCUAAGGGGAGAGCAGGAUCAGUAGGAUUAGCAGGAUUAGCAAGAUUAGCAGGAUCAGGAUUGAAAUGCCAAGCACGACGGGCAGUGCAGCAGGCGUUGGAAUGGGAGCUUUGAUCAAUAGUGCCGGCAGUAGCGCCAGCAGUGUCAUGGGCAUUGGACUGGGCGGAGCAGCCGCAGCAGGAACUGGAGCUGGAGCUGGAGCAGAGGCCUCAGCCGGCACCUUAAUCGCACAGAGCACGGCGGGAACAAGCGCCGCCAGCAGCGGUACCAUCACUUGGGACAACAAUGGCACCCUGCGAUCGAUCAAUCCCGGCGACUGGUCCAUCGAACAGUGCCUCGGUUGGCAGCAGCCGCAUCACCUGUACUUUCAGCUCGGCUGGGCCUUUCUCUUCCUGGCCUUCCUGGCGCCCCAUGGUCCCUACGGAUCGCUGUGGAUGCGGGCCAUGCUGCUCAUUGGCUGCCUGAUGAUGGGCAUGCACGGCUACCUGGUCGCCUGCACGCCGGAUGUGGUCCUAUGGUCGGGCAUGGGCCUCUUUGUCAACUUCGUCUAUCUCGUCGUGGUGCUGUGUCGGCUGAGACCCGUGAGAUUUGAGCAAGAAAUCGAGGCGGUGUACCUGGCACUUUUUCAGCCGCUGCACGUGACUCGCCACCAGUUCAAAAAGGUGCUCAACUGCAUGAAGGUGAUACGUGCCCUGAAAUACCAGGAGGUCUAUGCCCAGGAGAAGGUCACCAAGGUCGACAGCCUGUCGCUGGUGCUGAGUGGCAAACUGGUGGUGUCGCAGCAUCAGCGAGCCCUGCACAUUGUGUUUCCCCAUCAGUUCCUAGAUUCGCCCGAGUGGUUUGGCGUCUCGACCGAUGACUACUUUCAGGUCUCCAUUAUGGCCAUGGAGGAGUCGCGGGUGCUGAUCUGGCAUCGCGACAAGCUCAAGCUGUCUAUUAUGGCCGAGCCCUUCUUGCAGACCGUCUUCGAUCACAUUCUCGGCCGGGAUGUGGUCAAGAAGCUGAUGCAGGUCACCCAGGUGAGCGAAUCGAUAGCCAGCAAUGGCUUUCUGCCAUCGGGAGGAUAUGCGGAGGAUGCGGAGGACAAGCCCAUGUUGAUACUCAAGAAGAGUGUGGAUGUGGGCCACGGACUGACGGCCCUGAUCAACCGGCAGCUACAGGAAGAGCAUGUUCCUUUACUUGGUCGCACGUACAAACAACAACAACAACAACUACUGCAACAACUAGAACAACAACAACAACAACAACUAGAACAACAACAAUCCGUACAAGAAGCAACAACAAGCGCCAACAACAUCGUUCAAAGUGCAAUGUGAAAUUAUGCAAUCGGCCCGCUGCUGCUCAACUUGCCACCAACAAUCAGAGCACUCCACCGUCCCUUCACCUUUGAACUGCACAACAACAGCAACAACAACAACAACAACAACAGCAACAACAACAACAAAACCACCCACAAACAAGCAAACAAUCAUCAGUCAUCAUUCAGCCAUCAGUCAAUUAAUCACACGCAGCAAGAACAACAUCACGAUCAUCCGAGAAAGAACUGUCGAAGAAAUCUGGAAUCUAUCCAUCAUCUAAAUCUAAAUCCGCAUCUUGAAUCCCACAUACAAUCAUCUCAUAUCUAGCAUAGCGACUAGCACUAGAACUAAACAAACACCUAACACAUCUAAUCGUUCAAAUAGCAAAACUUUGUAUUACACCACUAAGGCAAACAAUCAGCCAGACACAUACGAUUUUUUGUAAACUUCUCGUCUUGGGAAACGUAAACUUUCCAUACCAGCGGAAAUGUUCUAAAAAACAGUGUUGUCAGAUCUUAGGAUCCUAAUAUAAACUCCCGUUUCUCUACCAAAAUGAUGUAAGCAAAUCAAAAUUGUGCAUUGGAAAAAGUUUAAAAACAAUACCAAUUAAAACUCACGAAAUCAAGUAGGAAACCUGAUGAACUGACAACAUUGUUACAAAUUUAUUCAAUGUGCUCCCUGGAUCCUUAGCAAAAAACUAUCGAUAGCUGUUGUCAAACCAGUUGUAGACGUUGUAAUUUAUUUUGACUGAUCAUGGUUGUAUGUUGAGUUGUAGUCAAACAAGACGCUCAUGAUUGCUCAUGAAUCAGUUUCAGUUUGAGUGGGCAUUUAGAUUGAACACGCUCAAGACAGUCAACCAAGGUUUAGUUUUUAAAUUAAUUGAUUAUGCUUUUGAUUUGAAAAUGCAGUUAGUAUUAUUUGCUUUCCAAAUGCAUUACAAAAUGUACUGGUACUGAAGUGAAUUAGGUUUAUAUUAUUAGGACAAUUUCGGCGAUCCUUUGAUCACAAUAAGAUCCUACUUAAUGUGCUAUAUUUCUUGCGGUUUAUUUGACCAAUAUUCAGAUUUUUUAUUACAAACAAAUAUUCAUAGGAGUAGAAAUAUAUCAAGUAAUGAGUAUUAACUAGUUCUUUGACAUGAUUGUACAUAAAAUGACUAUCAUGAGAGCUGGUUUGAUCAACAGCACUUCAGUUUUAGUUACAGACUUACGUUCUUAAGAUCGAACAGGUGAUAAUUGAACUUUUUCGCUGGCCCAUGUGUUUUUAAUGCUUUAAUUUGAUUUAAUUGAUUUGACAACGCUUGGCAUUUAAUGGAAAUGUACUGUGCUGGCACAUCCAUCAAUUCGCUUAACUUCCAUUAACACAUUAUUAUUAUUUUUUUUUUCUGUAUUUCUUUAUGCAUAUGUUUUUAUCGUUUGAUUUGUUGAUUGAUUUGCAUACAAAUUGAGCUUGAAGAAAGCGUGAAAACUAAUUAGAAUUAAUAUCGAAUAAUAUUUGAUAAUUUUAAGCAAUUCAUAGCCUAAGCCGUUGUAAAUACACUAUAUACAUAUAUUUGCUGUACAUAACCCCCGAUUAUUCGUGAAUCCGAGAAACCCCAAAUCCAACGCUCCCCCAAAAAAAGUGUAAUAAUCGAAAAGGAAUCAAUGUGAAUGUAAACAAGCCAAAAACGAAAGCUAAUAAAAAAAAAAAACGUAUAUAAACUUAA